CCAAGUCAGUGCUCAGUGCUGUGCGCACGGAGCUCCGUCCCGGCUAUUAUCGUUUCUGCUCUGCUGUUUCUCUGUCAUGCCCUUCCCUCCAUCACUUCCUCCUACAUUAUAAUAGUUUCACUGAGACUGCCUGAGGUCGGCUAAGAAGGAAGCGUGGGGAGCGUGGCUCUUCACUUUCGUAGAGAGGGCGUAUGGCGGACAGUCAUUAUUCAGAAAACAACAGCCAAAGCAUAUUAAUCCAAAACAAGCAACCGGGACGAGGAAAGAUUCUAACUGCAAAAUGGCAACAACUACUUAUUCUGGAUUAUGGUCGUGACAUGUUAUGAACUCUUCGCAAAGUUUUAAUGUCAUGCGUAUUUACUUUGGUUUUAGCGCACCAUAAGGACAGCUUUCCAAACCGCUGUUUUGUAUCGCUGUCAGUUACUUUUAUGAAUUGAAAUUUGAAUCACUGUCCUGGACUGGGUGGUCGUGUACUUGUCCCUUUGCGUUUUAAAUGUGGCACACUCACUGACCGCCGCCGUGCUGCACGAGCCCUUUAAUAAUUCAGGGUAAAUCUGUCAACGUGUGUUGGCACCAGCGACCGACAUGGGGGCUAAGCAGAGCAGCCCAGCGGCUAACGGACGGACCAGGGCUUACUCGGGCUCGGAUCUACCUUCUAGCACUUCUACUACCAGCAAUGGGAACGGUAGGACUGCAGCCAUGGCAAUGAGCUAUCACUCGUACGGCCAGUCGGCUCACGGGGCCUCGGGAACCACAGCGACCGCCAGUCAACACAUUGGCCCCAGGACGAGGUCCGUGGGAGGCAGUUCUGGAGGGUCAGGGCCAAGACCCCAGUCAGGCAUCAACAUCCCCAACAGCAGUGGAGCCUACAGCUCACAGGAGUCUGGCAGCAGCACCCCGGAGGAGGCAGAGAGGGACAGGUCCAGCGGGGGGCAAGGGGGUCCCCGGUUGUUGAUUGGAUCAUUACCAGCACACCUUUCACCUCACCUUUUUGGAGGCUUCAUGUGCCCUGUCUGCUCCAAGUUUGUCUCCACGGAUGAGAUCGAUCUACACAUCGUCAURUGCUUGACCAAACCCAGAGUGACGUAUAACGAGGACGUCCUGAGUAAGGAUGCAGGGGAAUGUGCAAUCUGCCUAGAGGAGCUGGUACAGGGGGACACAAUUGCUCGCCUGCCUUGUCUCUGCAUAUACCACAAAGGCUGUAUUGAUGAGUGGUUUGAGGUGAACAGAUCGUGUCCAGAACAUCCCUCAGACUAAAGGGCCUCACUACUUUUCUCCACAGGUUUCUUACUCCCUCAAUAAGAAGAGUGAUCUGCUCCAAUAACAACAUUCCUCAAUGUGAAUCCCCUCCCCUUCCCCGUUGCCAAGGAGACUACUGGACAGACACACUGUGACUCUGUGGCCAGUACAGAACUGACACCUCACCCUGACCCUACCUCUCUAUCCCCAUCACCUCCAGUACCUCUCAACAGCCCUCAACACACCUCAACUCAAACCAGUCAAGAACCGUGUGCCAAAACUCAUUAAAAGCAAUCUUCAGGGAAACUACAUUUAAUGCUGAUCUAUCUAUUUAUCUCCACACACACACAAUCGGCUCCGAGACAAGACCAGACAGACACAGACACACAAACUCACAAACACAACCAACCUCUGCUUUGUCCUCAAAGACAGACAGACCGACCAACAGACAGACAGACAUGCUUAUCUGCCAACCUGAUGUUGAGGGGAAGACACAACACCUCUGUUGCACAACUAUCCAAUCAGGAAAAACUGUUGCUCUCAACACGCCCUCUCACUCUCUGCCGCAUCGAUGAAACGGCUCUAUAUGCCACCCACAGACGUUUUGCAUACCAUCCCAUUGGCCAUGCCCAAGUGAUUGAGCUGCUGUGGUUGGCUGAGCUCCAGGGCUGCUGCGACUUGGAAUUCCCUCCUCCUGUGUUAUUGGACAGCAGAUCCAGGUCUCCUCCCAUCUGUUUGGUCUGAGUGAUUGUACACCUGGACAUUUCGGGGAGCAAGCUGAGGGGAGAAGGGGCAAGGGGAAGUCAGUCCUCAUCCCCCUCUUUCCCCCUCCUCACCAACUGUGUCUACCAGUGCCUUCACCUUUGGAUCCUAAUGGCCUACCAGGGCAGAGUCAAGACAACAGAACAGUGUGAUUGGUGGGUGGGGGACAGAGGGCGGGAGGUCAGGUAUGAGUCUAUACUAUAUCUAUACUAUAUCYGCCCUUCCCCCUGUGUGUUGUUGACUGGAUGACGGCAGACGGAGAGAGACCCAGCAGAGAGCCAGACUCAGCUGAAUGUGAAACUCUGCUUAACUCUAACCUUUACUCCACUCGGACAUGACUGGAACUGGAACUGGCCCUGGCUGCUAGCCACACUGAAAUUAGAAGUGCCCUGCUAUAUGCUGUCCCGCUCUCUCUUUCUCACUCUCUCCUUUCCCCUGACUAGCUAUCUAACUCACAACCCCUCAAUGCCUCUGUGGUAGCAACAAGACGUGAACUGGACUGUGCUACCAGAAGUGCGUGGCUCAGCUAGUGGCAACUACAACUCCSAGSAGGCACUUCUCCGAAGUGAGAACGUUAAUCUUAGUUUUUGUAGCACCAAUAGCUGUCUGACUGGGACAUGAGGCCCUCUGUGCUUAGCCUGGAUCCCAACUGAAUUACUAUGUUUCACAAUUGUUUUACUGUGCAUCUUCAGUUUGGCAAUUGUGAAGAGGAUCAAUUCAGUUGGGAUCCAGGCUACAAUGUGCUGACCCCAGAACAGAUAUCCCCCUUCCCCAGGGCCCCGGUGACAUUAUGUGGUGUAUAUACUCUAGCCUUCUACAGGGUUCACACACCCAUCCUCUUCUCUCACUCACUCACUCACAUUGACUUUUAAUCUUUAUUUAUCAUCAUGAGACUUAGCAGUUAUUAUUAUGCAAAUUAUUUUAUUUUAAGUAUGCAGAUUUGACAUAAUGGUGUAAUUGCAUAUCUGUGUAUGUAUAUGUGUGAGUUAUAGUGAAACUAAGUUGGGCCUUAAUGCAAAGAGAAUGACAUGAAUAACUAUGUAUUCUAUUCAUGUUUGUCCAUUUCAGUGCAGUUUCAAAUAGCUGCCUGAGAUAGCACACUUUUUACCCAAUCAUAAUCAUCUACCAAUCAGCCUAUCACAGUAGAGGUGAGAGGGCGGGGCAGGAAGUAGGCGAUUGGUGGAGCUCCAUGCCAAAGCCAAUCAGAAUAAGGGGAAGACUGAUAUAUUCAAAAAAGUUAUCAUUGGAAUGUUGGAUCCUCUUUCUCAGUGUGUUUGAGUGUUUUACACAUUUCUUAUCUAAUACAUUUCAUCUUCCAGCAACCCUGGGUUGUAAUAUUUAAACAAGGCCUUGAUGUUGUUCUCUUUAAUGUUUUGAGAGCUUUCCCAGGAUGCGCUGCUAACUAGUAUACUAGUAUACUAGACCUCCAUCUUCACCAUUGGGUUGYGAAUAAGGGCAGAGUAAGAAACUGAUAGACAAGUUCAAUGAAUAAGACAAAAGGCUUUAUUGGCUAUGCUUUUCACAAUCAUUGUGGAGGUUUUUCAAUCUCCACAGUUUAGAGAUUUUAGAUUAUAGURUCUUAUUAUGACAGAUCUAGGAAUAAGAUCAAUAGUAUUUAUAUUGGUUGCCCAAUUCAAACUAGUAAUGACCAGUCAGACAAAUUAACAAAGAGCAUUUAUAGGGGAUCUGGGUGUUAUGGUAUGGAUAUACUAAAGAUAGUGUUACCAUGGCUACUGGGUCAGUGACACCAUAUUAACUGUGGUUUCUCCAAAAGUGCCAUCGUCAUGCCUCUAAGACGUGCUGCUAACAAUUUAUUUUUCAAGAAGUACAGCGAGGCAUAAAGCACUUUGGAAUUGGACAAUAAAAAGCCCCCACCCAAAUGGACUGUUUCCCCUUUUGUCAUCAUGUACUAUAGCUAAUAAAGUUCCAUCUAAAUCCAGAUGGGAGUUUCUCCUCAUUGCACAUCAGUGAAGGAGAAACUAGAAUGUUUGGUCUGAAACUAGAAUGUCUGGUCUCACCGCAUGGUUUGUCCCAUGGCUACUGUACUGUAAGCAAUGUGAUUUUUAAAUGUUGUCGAAUGGCUCACGAUUGUGAAGCAUACUACUGUAUGUGUACAAUAUGCCCUUAUUGUCAUGGGUAUGUGUGUAGCACGAGGAUCCUCCCUAGCUAGCCUAGCAGAACAGCCUUAUAUGAGCUACUGUAGCUAGAAUCAGUUUUAAAGCACAUUUCCCCCGCUAUUUCAGUUUUGUUAGUCUUUUAUUUUGGAUGUUUCGGUUUCUUUGGGGGGCGAGUGGGGAGGCAGCCUAGCACCUAAACUGAUUUCGCUAUGUUUCACUGUAGAGAAUUCAGUUUGGAUGUCAGGCCAGUGGUAAAGGAGGGGGGUUAUAUGGUCAUUUUGUGUAAAUGUUUUGGUUUUGCUGCUUAUGCUACAGUUGCCAAUUUGAGCCCAUAUCAAUCCAAUCGGAUCGAUGUCUAUCCAAAUCUACCGUGUUGAAAAGCUCCAUAUGGAUGGACCUGUGAGGAUGCAGUGUUUAAAACAGUCAACAUAUAUGAAUGCGAGAUGUGUUAGGGAACACACAUAUGUCAUCAGGUAGCUAUACUUGAUGUUCCGUUCAUGAUUAUAUAAUAUACCAUGACAGCGAACAUACUGUAGAAUGAUUAUUAGUUGGGGAUGACCUUGCUUGAAUGAAGGUGGAGGUGUAGUAGGGCAUUCAAGUAAUAGUUGAGAGGUGAAGGAAACUAUUUUUAUUUGGGUUAUACCUCCCAAGGUACUUCAGAGAACAGGCCGACAGUACAUACCUAGAAAUUGUUAUUUUAGAAACUAUUUAGACAUACAGUAUGUUAUAACAUUCCAUUUAUGUAAAAAUGUGUACAGAAUAUCAAAUUAAAAGAGCAAAACUUUUGGAGUACA